CUAGCUCUGGUCGCCUUAUACAUCAGGGUGCCAGCACGAGUGUCUGUCAGAAUCCCGGGUGGGAAGAGGACAGAAGGGCCCCCGCCAGGAGAGUACAGACUGGUCUCUUCGCCGGCGGCGGAGGCGGUGGCGAUGCUCGCGGGCACCGAGGAGGCAGCGGCGAAACCCGAGGACGCGGAGCUGCGGUGCCGCGUGGCCGUGGAGGAGCUAAGCCCGGGCGGGCAGCCGCGGAGGCGCGAGGCCCUCCGCAGCGCGGAGCUGAGCCUUGGCCGAAACGAGCGCCGAGAGCUGGUUCUCCGGCUGCGCGCAGCGGGCCCCGCCGGGCGAUCGCGUUGCUUCCCCCUUCGAGCCGCGCGCCUCUUCACGCGCUUCGCGACGACUGGGCGCAGCGCGCUGCGGCUCUCCAACCCCGGCGCCCCACGAGCCGGCGCCACGCAGCUGCUGCUCUCCGACUGCCCCCCAGAGCGCCUGCGCCGCUUCCUGCGCACGCUGCGCCUUAAGCUGGCUGCCGCCCCGGGACCCGCUCCAGCCUCCGCGCGUGCGCAGCUGCUCGGCCCACGGCCCAGCGACUUCGUCUCCGUCAGCCCGGUGCAGCCCGAGGAGCUGCGGCGCGCGGCCGCCACGCGCGCUUCCAAGAAGCCGCUGACAGAACAGCCGGCCCCGGCCGAAGCCAGCACGGAACCCCCCAGGUGGCCACUGCCGGCUAAGAGGCUCAGCCUGCCUCCCAGCAAGCCACAGCUGUCAGAGGAGCAGGCUGCUGUGCUGAGGGUCGUCCUGAAAGGCCAGAGUGUCUUCUUCACCGGGAGUGCAGGGACUGGGAAGUCCUACCUGCUGAAGCGGAUCCUGGGCUCACUGCCCCCCACAGGCACUGUGGCCACUGCCAGCACAGGGGUGGCAGCCUGCCACAUUGGGGGCACCACCCUCCAUGCCUUUGCAGGCAUUGGCUCGGGCCAGGCCCCCCUGGCCCAGUGUGUGGCUCUGGCCCAGCGGCCAGGUGUGCGGCAGGGCUGGCUGAGCUGCCGGCGGCUGGUUAUUGACGAGAUCUCCAUGGUGGAGGCGGACCUGUUUGAUAAGCUGGAGGCCGUGGCCAGAGCUGUCCGGCAGCAGGAUAAGCCAUUUGGCGGGAUCCAGCUCAUCAUCUGUGGGGACUUCCUGCAGCUGCCACCAGUCACCAAAGGCUCCCAGCCCCCUCGGUUCUGCUUCCAGGCCAAGAGCUGGAGGAAGUGUGUGCCCGUGACCCUGGAGCUGACCGAAGUGUGGAGGCAGGCAGACACUGCCUUCAUCUCCCUGCUGCAGGCUGUGCGGCUGGGCAGGUGCUCUGAUGAAGUGACCCGCCAGCUCAGGGCCACAGCUGCCCACAAGGUGGGGCGAGAUGGCAUUGUGGCCACGAGACUCUGCACCCACCAGGACGACGUGGCACUCACUAACGAGAGACGGCUGCAGGAGCUGCCGGGCGAGGUCCACAGCUUCAAGGCUCUGGACAGCCACCCUGAGCUAGCUCGGACCCUGGACGCCCAGUGUCCUGUGAGCUGGCUUCUGCAGCUGAAGCUGGGUGCACAGGUGAUGCUGGUGAAGAACCUGGCAGUAUCCCGAGGCCUGGUGAAUGGAGCCCGAGGGGUGGUGGUGGGGUUUGAAGCCGAGGGCAGAGGGCUGCCCCGGGUGCGCUUCCUGUGCGGCGUCACUGAGGUCAUCCGUGUGGACCGCUGGACAGUGCAGGCCACCGGGGGCCAGGUCCUCACCCGGCAGCAGCUGCCCCUCCAGCUGGCGUGGGCCCUGUCCAUCCACAAGAGCCAGGGCAUGUCUCUCGACUGUGUGGAGAUCUCUCUGGGCCGGGUGUUUGCCAGUGGACAGGCCUAUGUGGCCCUCUCCCGGGCCUGCAGCCUGCAGGGCCUGCGAGUGUUGGACUUUGACCCCUUGGUGGUCCGCUGUGAUGCCCGUGUGCUUCGUUUCUAUGCUACCCUGCAGCGGAGCAGGGGCCUCCGUCUGGAGUCCCCGUAUGACGAGGAGCCAGCCUCGGACCAGGAGAAUAUGGACCCAAACCGCUGAGUCCCCGCUGCAAAGGGGAGAUGGGGCUCCCCAGUCACCUGCUCCCUAGGGAAUAACUGGGGCGACCCAGUGUCCUUUCUCCAUUCCUCAGGGGGAUCCAGGCAGAAUUAAAGGAUAGCACCUCCGCCCACUUUCCAACUAGGCCUCAGUUUCUGCCCCUGUCCUGGGGAGCUGUUUCCAGGCUCAGAAGCCACCAUUUCUGUGCCUGUUAGAAAUAGGCCUGGGCUGGCACCUGGUGCCAGAGGACAAGCCCUGUGCAAGGCCUGGACACAGAGCUGUGGGGUGCCACGCACCCCUCUCUGGGCUGCAAAGGGCAUAGACAGUGCAGAGAGUGGCUUCGGGAGUGCAGCCUCUCCUGCAGGGGGCUGUGUUCAUGAGCUUCCUGUUGCUAUAACAAAAUACCAGAGGGCAUGGAACGUUAUAAAGAAAGGUCUUUACUUAGUACACAGUUCUUGAGGGUCAAGACCAUGCUGUCUGCACCUGCUUAGCUCCAGUGGGACCUCAGGGGAUAUGGUACAUAGGGCAAGGGGACAUUUGAGCAGGGACACAGGGCAUGAGAGACAAGUAGCAGAGACAAGCUGGGCAUGGUGAUGCACACCUGUAAUCCCAGAGCUUGGGAGGCUGAGGCAGGAGGAUCUGGAGUCCAAUCCUAGCCUGGACAACUUAAAGACUUAGUGAAACCCUGUCUCCAAAUUUUAAAAACUGGGUUGGGGAUUUAGCUUAGUGGUUUUGCCACCUGCUGCGCAAGUGCAAGGACCUGAGUUCAAUCCCUGGUACCAAAAAAAAAAAUUUAAAAAGGGCUGGGGAUGUAGCUCAGUGCAAAUGUCCUAGGUUCAGUCCUCAGUACUACAAAAAUUAAGAAGCAAGAGACAAGAGGGGUCUGGCUCACUAUCUUUCUAACAGCCAGUCCUAGCAGACCUGACUCACCAUGGGGCAGUGAUAGCCCUGAAGGUGGUGACCCUGGAACUUCUCCUCCACCCAUCUCCGUCUUGCCACCUCAAACCGCUACACUGGGACCAAGCACCAGCAUCUGAACCCAUAGGGGACAAACUCCAAACCAUAGCAGAGACCUGGAAGGGACCAGAAGAGACAGGAACUUGGGUUCCACCCAGGAGAGGCUCAGCACAGCACAGCACAGCCCUGGGCAGAUCCCCAAGCCCAACUGCACUCAAGCUGCAAACUGCAGAGCAGGGGGCAGGGGUAGUGUUUGGGGCCCUGGAAUGGAUGUUCUCGGGUUGUGUUUAUUUGGGACAAGUAAACCUGUGCACUCUGAGAACCGUGCCUCCGGCCCCUCCCCCAUCCAGCAGUGCUCUUGGCGCCACUGGCACUGGCAGUUGGGAAGCUGAGGUGGCUGAUGCUGGUGACGAGCAAUGAAAUGACAAGGGGAUUCACCAUCAUCCGGCAGACAUGGAUGCACCACAGCUCUUCUCCAUGUGGGCCUUGCGGGGACUCCAGCCUGGACAUUCUAAUGGGGAGGAAGCCAUCAACAAACCACCUCCAGUUCAUCAAAAAGUAGGAUGGCAAAAAAAAAAAAAAAAAGUUCCACAAAAAGUAGGAUGGCCA